AUGGACACUUGGCCACCCAAAAAUGGUGAAUCGAGCACCACCUCGCACACAGAAGAGUCUACUAACAGUUCAGCACAAGCCUCAAAUAGUGAGCAGCCUUCUAACAGAGUUAUAAUGUUACUUGGUCUUGAUCCAAAUACCACUUCCGGAAUGAUAACGAAAGCGUUUGAUUCUUAUGGUUUAAAAGUUACAGUUGAUUAUCAACGAGAUGACACUAUAGGCUACGUUCAUUUACAGCAUCCAAUUGCUAAGGAAGUAACUGAACGUAUUAUGAGCAGUGGUGGGCUUAGAAUUGGUACCGAAGUUUCAGUACUGCGUGCUUUGGAAGGAAUGGAAGACCUAAUGUAUUGGUCAGUUUAUGCUGGACGUCGCAUAAUUUCAAGGUCAAGUGUAUCCUACAAAACUGGAAAAAAUAGAGUUAAAAGGCACAGUGUUCGUCAACACCCAUACAAUCAUCAGCGCCAGUUCAUGGAUGUUGAUGAUGAACAAACAUCAACGCAUCACCGACAAAAAUUACAAGUGAAGGUUGCAGGAAAGCACGGAAGAAAGAAAAGGGUAAAGAAAAAACUUCUAAAGCAAAAGAAAAGAAGUAUUGAAAACGCAAAAAGAAUGUUAGAAAUGAAACAAGUUGACAUAAUGGAAGGUCUUGACGAUGGAAUUGAAGAGACUUUAACUUCACCCAUUGUUGAUAAUCAGUUCGUAACAGAAGCUAGAACAAAACAUUACAGUCAAAGCUCAACUUAUUCAUCAUUAGAUGGUAUAGAGGAUUACGUUAAUUCUACAAAAGUUCCUGCCUACAAUAUUUUCAUCCACCAAUCAUCGAAAGGAGAAGCAGAAAUUGUCGACCGGUCAAAAAAGCUUCGAGACUUUUUGAUCCCUGCAUCUCAAAGUCAGAAAUCUUUAUCUAACAAUACUUUCGGGUUGAACAGCAAUCCAUUCCACACUAUUCCGUAUCACCGUUCACCACUUAGGCAGGAACUCAAGUUGGAAAGCAAGGACGAAGCAGAUGAAGUUGAAGAAAUAUUCAAAAAUUUAUACCUCAAUUCUGUUGAUAAUGAGUCUACUCUAUGA